GAUCUGGACAUCUUCAAAGCAGCGUCUGCUGGCUCCUUGAACCUGCUCAAGGACCUCAUUGCUGCUGGCCAGCCCAUCGAUGCUACGGACGAGUCUCGGAGAACAGCUCUUCAUCAUGGUUCACGAGGAGGCUAUUAUGAGCUGGUUGAGUACCUCCUGGCAGCCAAGGCAGACCCCAAGGCAAAGACCAAGGAGAACGGGUGGACCCCUCUGCAUGAAGCGAGCUCAGGUGAAGUGGCGGAGCUACUUAUCCUAUCCAAAGCAGAAGUCAACGAUUUUGAUGCCUGGGGGAUGUCCCCCCUUCACAUCGCCGCGAAGGAGGGCAACGUUGACGUGGUGCGAUGUCUGGUGCAGUACAAGGCUCUCCUGAACCCGAAAGACGGCCUGGGUCGAACUCCCCUCCACCUCGCCUCGCAGAAUGGACACCUCGAAGUCGUCCAGGAGCUGGCGUCCGACGGCGCAAACUUGCACUCUCUUGACAAC